AUCGGUGUCGUUGGAGAAAGAUGAAUCAUCUUUCUUCGACGUAGACGUUACAAAGUCGGUUGUCUCUCAUCGGACGCGUCUGUCGUGUUUUUCCGCUAAGCAUCGCGCAUGAAAAGAACUACAAAAUGAACUCCCAUCUUUUCUUGAGAAUCGGUCCCACAUUCAGUUGCAUGAAUACCGCAACCGAUCUCACGCAUCCCUCAACAGAGCGGACCUGGUCCGUCCUCCUCCUCCAUAUUUCAUAUUGGUUUCAAUAAGGGAUUUCACCUGAUCUUAUUUUCGAUCCAGCACACUCACCAUUAUCAAACAUACAAAUCAAUUUUCUCAUUUCAUAUUCGAUUUUUUCCAAUCGUGUUUCAGUUUCUUUUUCGAAAUACAAGCAAUAUCGUACUAUCAUCUUCGACCGUAGUAAAUAGUGGUAGGCAAAGGGAGUCCACCUCACAUCGUCAUACAUUACCACAAGUGCUAGCAGGCGGCAAGUGAAAGCAGUAGGUGUCUUAGACACUGGCUGCAUGUCAUUGUUUUAGUAUUGUUCUUGAUUUUCGGCGAAGGACCUGUCCUGUCAUCGAGUGUCUUCAUCUUCAUCGACGCUGCGGAGACACCGAGGAGGACACUCACGCGCACUAGUAAGUACUUGCUCACGUCGCUUCUUGUUGUAGCAACACACAGACAGCAAGCAGAUAAAUACAGCAUCAUCAAGAUGGCGACUGGCCCCGCAGGACCCCUAUGCACGGGGUUAUCCUCAAUAAAAAGAGCGCCAAAGUGGACACUCGGUAGCAGGGAAGAGGACAAAGCAACACUAAAGCGACAGCAGUUUGGACCAGGACCAGCAGCCUAUUUCACGAAAGACAUUAGUGUUGAUGCAAGGUACUAUUAUUUAUCAAUAGAAUACUAGCCUGGAGCGUCCGAUAACAUCCCUCCCACUAGGAUCCCCCUCCUCCCCAAAAUAAGAAACUAAGCAAGGCAAAGACGUAAGCGAUAAGCGUUUUCAAAUUUCGAAAAUUUUCCACGUUUUGCCAUCGUUUGCGCAUUGGAUCGCGUGCGUUUGAAGUCAAGUGCUAAGAUCCCAAAACUUUUUGACUUUAAGCCCUUCCGCUGGAAUUCAUUCAACUUCUUGGAUUUGCAUUCUUCAAAUUUCGAAAAUUCUCCACGUUUUGUUGUCGUUUUGGGAUUGAAUUUUGUGCGUUUGAAGCGCUAAAGCCCUAAAGCUUUUGACUUUCAGCGCUUUCCUUGGCUUGAGGUUCAGCCUCUUGGAUUUCCAUGAUUUUUCAAAUUUCGAAAAUUUUCCACAUUUUGUUGUCGUUUUGGGGUUGAAUUCUGUGCGUUUGAAGUGCUAAAAUCCCAAAAUUUUUGAUUUUAAGGCCUUUCCCUGAGAUUCAAGCGCUUGGCUUCGCGUUUUUCCAAUUUCGACAAUUUUCCAUGUUUUUCGUCGUUUUGGGAGUGAAUCCCGUGAGUUUGAAGCGCUAAGACCCCAAAGCUUUUGACUUUAGGUCUUUUCUUUGAAAUUUAACGCCUUGCCCUUGGCUUCGCGUUUUUCAAAUUUCGAAAAUUUUCCACAUUUUGUCGCCGUUUUGAGUUUGAGGCUCGGGAGUUUGAAGCGUUGAGAUCCCAAAAUUUUUGAUUUUAAGCCCUUUCCCUGAGGUUCAAUCUCUUGGCCAUGAGUUUUUCAAAUUUCGAAAGUUUUCCACCUUUUUCAUCAUUUUGGGAGUGAAUCCGUUGACUUUGAAAGGCUAAGAUCGGAAAGCUUUUGACUUUAGGCCUUUUCUCUGAAAUUUAAUCCCUUGGAUUCGCGUUCUCAAAUUUCGAAAAUUUUCCACGUUUUGCCGUCGUUUUGAGGUCGAGUCUCGUGAGUUUGAAGCGUUAAGAUCCUGAAAUUUUUGAUUUUAAGCCCUUUCCCCCGAAAUUCAAUUCCAUUGCUUCAUGGUUUUGCGGUUUCGUAAAUUCGUAAACUCAGAAAUUCAGAAAUUCAGAAAUUCAGAAACUCAGAAAUUCAGAAGUUCAGAAGUUCAGAAAUUCAGAAAUUCAGAAACUCAUAAAUUCGCAAAUUCCUAAAUUCAUCGGUUUCGUAAAUUCGUAAACUCAGAAAUUCAUAAAUUCAUAAAUUCAUAAAUUCGUAAAUUCAUAAACUCAUAAAUUCAUAGACUCAUAGAUUCAUAAAUUCAUAAAUUCAUAAAUUCCUAGACUCAUAGAUUCAUAAACUCAUAAAUUCAUAAAUUCAUAAAUUCAUAAAUUCAUAAAUUCAUAAAUUCAUAAAUUCAUAAAUUCAUAAAUUCAUAAAUUCGUAAAUUCAUAAAUUCAUAAAUUCGUAAAUUCAUAAAUUCAUAAAUUCAUAAAUUCAUAAAUUCAUAAAUUCAUAAAUUCAUAAAUUCAUAAAUUCAUAAGUUCAUAAGUUUGGAGUUUGGGGUUUGGAAGUGGGAGAGUGAGAGUUCGUAAGUUCAUGAGUUUGGGGUUUGGAAGUGGGAGAGUGAGAGUUUGGAGGGGUUGUUGUAGAAUUUUUUUUUAGCUAUAUAAUAUUAUUCAGGACGAGAUGGACGAUUCGAUCUUAUUCACUUCAUGAUUACUUAUUCGCUUUGCUUACAAAUUACAAUUACAACUUUUUAUGCUAUGAUUUCCAAAUCAUGCUGGUGCUGGUACGUAGUUUAACGAGAAAAAAAAAUGGAUCAAGUCAAUAAACAAGAAUCACAUCCCCACAAAAAUUAAUAUAUUAGGCAUGUGCGGCCUACCUCAGCUGUGUUUCCACAUUCAAAGCGGGACGAAAUGGGAGCAACAAGCGGCGGCAAGAGACCUGGCGUCGGCACAUAUAAUCCAAACUUCAUGAGUAGUAGCACAAUGUCAUUACCAGGCCGACCGGUAUUUUCCAAGGGCUCACGAGAUGACGCAGGAAGCAUGACGGCCGUUGCCACUAGGGCGAAGACGCCAGGUAUGAUGACAUUCGCCACGAUUCUACUUGUGAUCAUAUGCUAGACCACCUAGAAGUAAAAAAUGAAAUAUGAACAAUUGAUACGUUUGCCACUCGGACUACGUGAUUGGUACAAUAAUGUUCAUCAAAUCACGACUAGUACAGGUCCGGGAACGUACGGCUUCAAAGCAUCGUUGUCAGACAUAUCUUCCAGCAUCUACGGGCGAGCAAAGGAUUUUUCACGUACGAGGACUAAGUCAUUUUUGAGUUAUUUUUGAAUUUCAGAUUCUUUUUUUUUGCUUUCUGAGUGUGUGACUCUGACUGCUCGAGCAACAACAGCUGUGACUGCUUGAGCAAGAUUUCUGCAUCAAUAAUUAGUAUGAGGAACAACCGUUUUCAAUUUCAUGAGAUUAAUUUUGAUCUUGUUCUUCUUGAUGUCAACACGACCACAGGUCCAGUAACGCCCGGUCCAGGUGCUUAUUCAAUUUCUAGGGAACUAAGCGGAGCCGGGUGGAAGAUGGGUACUGGCCAAAGGUCGGGUAUAAGAUCGCGCUCCGAGUCACCAGGACCUGGGCAAUACUCUCUCACGUCGGCGAUUAGCACUAACCACCCAAGCAUCCUCCGCAUGCCACAGUAUUGUUAUGUUACACUAGACGUCGAUCUCGAUAGGCUAAGGCUAUAAAUAGUAUAGUUGAUUAAAGUAUAAUUGAUAUUGAAAUGAUCCAAAAUGAUAUUAAUAAAAUAAUAUUCCAUUUGUUCUUGUUCCAACCCGUACUAGUUAGACCCAGAAUCUGUUCUUUGUAAUAUCGAUGAUACUCUAUUCAUCUUCAAGGUACACCAUGGUUCCGAGGCGGGCUAUUCUUACCGGGAGGAAUCAGUCGCCUGGCCCUGGCGCGCAUGGUGGUUCCUUCACAACCUUCGGCUACUAAAAAUCAUGGUCUUCAGCGGAGGUCGUGGGAAAGAGACAGACCAUCAUAGUUGAUUCUUUUUUCCUACCAUAGAAAUUUUUAGUCGAGCACUUGGUUGAUGGUGAAGAGAAUACCAAUAUCUUCGACUUCUACUCGUCCCUGUGGUAAACGAUUUCAUCUAGGAUGAUGCAUGCACAAGCAACAUACAAAGACUUUCAGAAUGUUUAUUUUUCCUCAACAUAUUUAUUAAGUGAUAGAAAACACAGCAUCUAUUCUUCUUGAUCAAAAAAGUGAUCAACACUAAUACUACUUCUUAUAAUCUACCUUGCAACUACUUGUAUUUAUUUCUUCUAGAUAACUAGGAUAGACAAGAAAUAAUGGUCCUCGAAAUUUGCUUGAAAUAGUAUUGAACAGUCAACCAUGCAAAUUAUUCUUAUGCCUUUUCCGCGGCCUCGACGUCGACGCAGAGUAUCGUGCACAGGACUGUUAGAGAGGAACACAGCGAGCACACAGUUGCAGUAGAGGUACCGUAGCAUGAGCAGGAGGAGGAGGUCAUUUCAUUUCGUUUAGAUGCACAUCUGUCCUUAUAGCAGUUCAUUUCACAACAUCAAUAAAUUCAAAUUCAAUGUUCAUAUUUUGGUUCCUUUCGCUAUCGAAAAAUGUAAUACACUAAUUAACAAGAAGGAUUAUUAUCUUGGUCCAAAAAUACCUGCUGUAUUGAUUGUUACUUUUUCAAAUUCUACUAUUUCAAAUCAUAAAAUUCUACUAUUUCAAAAUGAAUGUUCAUAGACUAGUCAGAGUCUUGAUCAGGUGAUGCGCGGAAUCAGGAGUACAUCUACAUGUGAUGUAAGAUCUAUGUAUUUACUUACAUGGGGAAGGGUUGCCAAAAAUUUGAAAUUAUUGAUUCUUGUAAGAUAAGGACAUUAUCAUGCUGCAACAUAACAACAAUGCUACUGCUUGGCGACUGACGACGUCGUUUUUCUGUAACAUAUUUUGAGAUCAUCAUGCUCAUGGUCUACUUCUAGUAAACGAGAAGAUGCUGCAUGAUUAUCAACUAGAAGUGAACAUGUACAACAUCGGUCAACAUCAACGACAUUGACUAAGUACAACAUAGUAAAACACCAUAGGUAGACUCCGCAUCCAUCAAUGCAUCUUCAUUGUCAUACAACACACUGGGAUCUUGAACACACGACACGACAAUAAAACUUUGGAGCAGAAGAUAGUAUCAAGUCGCGUGAAAGAAUUGAGACCACCGGUCGCAGUUAAAUUCUCGCGGAGGCCGUAUGAAUGUACUUGAAUGAAGGAUGGGACUUCGGCGCAGAGGUCAUCUCUUCACCUUGCUUUUCCUGCGCAGGAGGAGCAGGAAAGAAAUAUUUCGAGGAGAAAAAAUCGAACCAGCAAAACGUAAAUCGAGUCAACCACUGAUACGGAAAGCACAUCUUGAUCUUCGGGGGAAAAGUUCUUGCUACAACUGAUUGUGUCUUUUAUUGUGUUAAGACAUGUGAGAAUUCGAAGAUCACUGCACCCUCCAGUGCAUAGAGUACACACCCUACGCACAAAGUAGUUCCUCGACCGUUUUAGGAAUUGAAAAUGAUGUGAAUAAUUUCGAAAGGAGAUGGAGACGAAAAUGAAAUUAUAAUUCGCCUCACAUUUUUUUAAAUACUAGUUUGUUCGUUGAUGUUUUUAUGCCAGCUUGAUGUGGUACUUUUCUUACGAUCUACUAACGUUCUUAGUAAAAAGUAACUGUGGCUGACAACCCAUUUUUCCGACUCUAGCUGCAAAUUAGGACUUAUCAAAGAAGAAUUCAAAUGGCUUGAGAAUGCGUCCAUCCUCGAGGACGUCUGUACAGCUUUACGUUUACUAGCACACGCAUGAGAAUGAGUUCACAUGUUUCACGGGCCAAAAAAAGAAUAAAUGUCCUAAUUCCAUCGAGAGUGCAUGAUCCUUUAUAUAUCCCUCAUGAUAUUUUUCGACGAUCAUUCAAGCAGCACACUCAAACGUGAACAGGAUGCUCAGCCAAAUGGACGAGUUGUUUUACUAGGUAGCUCUUACUUUAGUUGCAGCUCUUGAGACGCUGUUGUAACACAAAUAUUUAGGAUAUUUUAAUAGGGUCUGGCUCGUACAGAAUAUUUGUCCAUAUUAUUCAAC